AUACAAUUAACAUAAAAAACAAUAACAAGAUUCAGAAACUAUAUUGAAAGAAAAAAUGGCAUCGCCUCGCCCAAAAUCACCAAAAACUCCCGUUUCCAAGAAUGAGGGAGAAAGUUUCUGGGAUAAAAUUGGAACCAUUGGCAGAAAGAAGCGGAUUAAGGAAGUUCAAGAAGUCCAGGAAGAGGGACGACAUGCAAUCGAUGAUCCGGGUGCACCAAAUGCCCCAGAAAUCCCACCAGAAGAUUAUAUUUUGCGUGACAACGAAUCUCGUGCCAUAAUUCAGCCCCAAUCUCUGAAUGAUUCGUCGGUGAAGGAGCUCAUUCAAACUCUGAUUGAUUGGAUAAAUGAUGAGCUGGCCGAUGAACGGAUCAUCGUUAAAAAUAUUGAAGAAGAUCUAUACGAUGGUCAGGUGUUGCACAAACUACUUGAAAAACUAACCGGCCGUAAAUUGGAUGUGCCCGAAGUGACUCAAUCCGAAGAGGGACAACGUCAAAAAUUGCAAAUUGUUUUGAAUGCCGUUAAUCACACUCUUGGUUUCCAUCAAAAAUUGCCAAAAUGGAAUGUGGAAAGUGUACAUUCAAAGAAUAUGGUGGCCAUCUUACAUUUGCUUGUCUCUUUGGUUCGUCAUUUUCGUGCUCCGGUUCGUUUGCCCGAGAAUGUGUAUGUGACUGUAGUCAUUGCACAGAAGAACGGAACGAUAUUGAGUGCACAAAAAUAUCAAGAGCAACUCACAUCGCAGUACGAUGACGUCGGCAUGAGGUGUGAACGCGAUGCAUUCGAUACACUAUUCGAUUGUGCACCAGAUAAAUUGGCCGUUGUUAAGAAGUCGUUGAUCACAUUUGUCAACAAACAUUUGAAUAAACUCAAUUUCGAGGUAAAUAGUUUGAACAGCGACUUUAAGGACGGCGUUUAUUUGUGCCUUUUAAUGGGAUUGCUUGGCGGCUUCUUUGUGCCAUUGUACGAUUUUCAUCUGACACCAAAGACUGUCGAACAUAUGGUGGACAAUGUUGCGUUCUCCUUUGAGCUUAUGCAAGAUGUUGGCCUACCAAAGCCAAAAGCCCGGCCAGAAGACAUUGUCAACAUGGAUUUAAAAUCCACACUUCGUGUUCUCUAUAGCCUUUUCACCAAAUACCGAAACGUUGCCUAAAUUCAGUCUUUUAUUUCAAUUUAACGGCAAAGUGUAUUUUAAUUUAAAUUAAUGCCAUGUUUUUGUGUACUUAUAAUAACAAUUAACGACAUCGAAGUUAGAUUAUUGUGUUCUCGUACAAAUAUCACCGAAUUUAGUGAGACAGUGAAAAGAAACUUUUUUAAUUAUCCAACUAAUGCCAGCCAAAUUAAUGAUAAUAUAUAUAUUGCACACAUAAAACAAGUCAAUUAGAUGUUAAUAUCAUAACAAAGUAUUUGUGCCUUAAAGUUGUCUCUGUGGACUUUUUUUUCUCAUAACA